AUGGGGUUAUCGGCCGCAACCCAUCAUCGACGGCGGAGCUCGGUGCUCACGGGCAAUACCAAUGUCCGACCACAGCCGAGUGCAUCAGAGCGAAGGGAUGACAGUCUUCGGCCGCUCGGAGAUAGGUGGGAAGAGCAGGAGCCUUUGACCGCAGAAGACACCGAUGCGUCGGAUCUCUCGUCCUCUGCAAUCGAGACGCGUGAACUGACCGAGAUGAGUUCGGAUGAUGAUCAAUACGAUGAGGAGACUGGUCUUACCGCAUCUCAAAAACGCCAGCGCCGGCGCCGGCGCAGACAACGCCGUAAGCUUGAUGCCCGCAUCGCUGACACCAAAUCAUCGCGAUAUGCUAUCUUCCAGCUGGGUCUGGCCGAUCGCAAUGUCCUCCGCAAGCUCCUAGUGAACGUCGGUCUCAUUCUGAUGUGGUAUUUCUUCUCGUUAUCCAUCUCCAUAUAUAACAAGUGGAUGUUCUCCGAAAGCGACGUCGUUUUCCCCUUCCCUCUUUUCACAACUAGCUUACACAUGGCGGUCCAAUUCACAUUGGCGGCUAUCUUGCUUUGGAUUUUCCCGUCAUUACGACCCCAGCACCCUCCGGAGUCCCUCGCCAAUUCCCCCGUCGAAGGAUUGAAGGAAUCUGAGCCGAUAAUGACCAGGUUCUUCUACUUCACCCGCCUCGUGCCCUGCGGUGCCGCGACAUCCCUCGACAUCGGACUCGGCAACAUGUCUCUCAAAUUCAUCUCCCUCACCUUCCUCACCAUGUGUAAAUCUUCCGCACUCGCUUUCGUUCUUAUCUUUGCUUUCCUCUUCCGUCUCGAGUCGCCUUCCUUCAAGUUGAUAAUAGUCAUCGCCACAAUGACGAUUGGUGUGGUGAUGAUGGUUGCUGGUGAAACUGCAUUCAACGCGCUUGGCUUCAGCCUCGUCAUUGCUUCAGCCUUCUUUUCUGGCUUCCGAUGGGGUCUGACACAAAUCCUUCUUUUGCGUCAUCCGGCCACCUCGAACCCAUUUUCCACACUCUUUCUUCUCACGCCUGUGAUGUUUUUCUCUCUUAUUACAAUUGCGCUUACUGUCGAGGGCCCUGUGGAAAUUCACAAAGGCUACCUCACCCUCGCUGAGAAGCACGGUAACUUGCUUGGCGCCGCCCUACUGAUUUUCCCGGGUGUUCUUGCUUUCUGCAUGAUUUCAUCCGAAUUUGCAUUGUUGAAGCGCUCUUCUGUUGUCACUUUGAGCAUUUGCGGCAUAUUCAAGGAAGUUGUGACGAUUAGUGCCGCGGGAGUCAUCUUCCACGAUCAGCUUACACCCGUCAACAUGGCCGGUCUCGGCAUCACCAUCGGUAGCAUCGCGACUUAUAAUUAUAUGAAGAUCUCUCGGAUGCGCAGCGAAGCAGCGAGGGAUUCUUGGAGCCGGGACGGAACUCCCGACUCUGAUACCGAUGAUGGCGACCUCACUGGUCCGGAGAAUGGUGACUACCGUCAGGUCGCAGACGAAGAGACCGAUAUCACCUCUCCUUCUCCCGCUGGCCAGUUCAACGAUGAUCUACAAGCUUCUUCGGCUGGUGAUAACCGGCGCUCAUUCCGUGUCCGCGCUAGCGGUCCCAUUAAUGGGCUCAGCGUCUCCACCACUAUCCCCGAAGAUGAUGGACCUCCAUCGCCUCUCAAAUCCGCUCCUCCUACAAUUUCUACGAUGGCCGAGGCUGGGUUCAAUUCGCAGCUUCCCCUGUCUAACCGGGAGGAUUCACCCGGAGUUCACUCCGCUUCAUCCGUCUCACCAGUCCGGAGCCAAACUCCUCACCAUUAA